AUGAGAUUUUGGAGAAGAUUGUGGAAGUCAAAGGUGAAGGAAAGGUUGGGGGAAGAGAAGAAAACAGUGAAAGAUGGUGAAGUUGUUGUUCCAGCAACUGAGAAUUCUUUUGUUCCUCCUCCCUAUGAACCCAAACUUCUAUUCCCUGGUAGAUUCAAGAGGCAGCUGCUAGAGAAGUGCAAGGCUCUGUUUGAGAAGCAAAUGAGUGAAGCUCAGAAGAAAGAGAUGGAGGGCAUGAUGAUUCUCACUCAUGAGUGCAUUGCCAUCUUCCAGAGGCUUGUUGUUCCAAAGAAGCUUGGCGAUCCAGGAUGCUUCACAUUACCCUGUGCUCUUGGACCUAUGUACAAGAAGUGUAGACUUUCUCUGGUAUUGGUUGAUCGUUUAGUGAAGUACCCUGUGGGUAUCUUGGAAGACCUCCCCGUGAUGGUUGGAAACUAUGAGAUCCUUACAGAAUUUGUGGUGCUUGAGAUGGGUGAGGAAGCUCAAGAUCCCUUAAUCCUUGGAAGGCCUUUCUUAGCUACAGCAUGA